UGUCGCGGUUUAAUGACGUCAGAACCUCAGUGACCGUGAGCUGUUUGACAUGUUGUAAGGAAUAGCAGCGUGCUGCUUGUGAAAAUGAUGAAUUUAACGUCUUUAGUUCAGAGCCUCAGAUGCUCAUUGCUACGUAUUGAAAGCAGACUUCUGCAGGCGGCCGGACUAGACACACACCUGGGUCCAGCGCUGGCAAUAAAUGGCCCCAGCCUCCUUCCUCAGUUCGACCAGGAGCUGGAGGAGCAGCAGAGCCCAGAACAGCCUGAUGGCCUCCUCGACGGCAUCCUAUGGAUGGCAGCUCCCAAGAAGAGACGCACGAUAGAGGUCAACCGCACCAGAAGGAGAUCUGACAGCAAACGACUAAAACUCCAGAACAACAUCGGGCCGUGUCCAGAGUGUGGCCACUUGAAGCAGAAACAUAUCCUGUGUGGCUUCUGUUACGCUAAGGUGUGCAGGGAGACUUCUCUGAUUCGUCAACAGAUUAAAGCAAUGGAGGGCGGCCCGCUGAGGGCUCCAGCCGUAGAGACUGUUGUCGUGUAUGAGGGUGAAGCACCGAGUCAGACGGACAAAGACAAGAGAAUCGUGGAGAUGCCCAGGAAGAGGCCUGCCUGGUUCAGCGAUUAAACAUGAGUUAUUAAGGCUGUGUGUGUGUGUGAUACAUACCUGAAGUUUGAUGCAGGUGAACAGUAUAUCAGUGAGUAAUUCAGUUAUUGAAGAAAGAAUUGUUUGUCAUUUUUUUCAUCAUAGACAAAAUUCAUCUUCUUGUUUGAUCAGAACUGAUAAAUAUCUGAACAUCAGGGGAACAUUUUCAUUCAUCUCUGUGAACAUACUGUUUCACUAAUUUGUGGAUUAAGCAGAAAGUAUCCACCAAGUCUUUGGAGUUGUUGAGUUCAUGUUUUUGUUUUUUGUCACAGUUUCAACUGAUUGUCAGACUUACAGGCAAAUCUGUCAGACUUUUGAUGGAGAGAAAUUCCCUGCAGUAUAUUUGAAUGUUGGCAAUAAAUCAUUAUUUGGGAAAUAAA